AUGCGCGCGACACGCCGGGCGAACAGCGCUGGUGCGAGUGGAGAUGGCCUGGAUUGCUACGCCAUCCUUGGGCUGACGAGAAGCGCCACGCAGCGGCAGGUCAUCGAGGCGUAUCGCAGUAAAGCGUUGGAAGUUCAUCCUGACAAGGACAAGCUGAGAGGCUGCGAAGACUUCCAGCGCUUGGCGUCCGCAUAUGAGACGCUGAGCAACCCCCAAAGCAGGCAUGCAUACCACCUGUCGCUCUUCGAGCACGGCGCCACGGAUGGUGAGGAGUUGCAAUGUGCCACUCAGGACGAGCCGCAGGCAAACCACACUCUGAGCGACUACCCGGAGGAGAUGGUUUUGACCCUGCUCGUUUGCGACACUACCCAAUGGCCUCAGAUGCUGGACAAAAUGUCUGAGGUGCAGCUGAAGAGGCUGCUGCAGGUCUUGGGAGCUGAACCGGGCACCUCUCGGCGUGCGCAGACGGCGGGCGAGAAAGACGAAGAGCCUUUGCCCCGCACGCAGCAUCUUUACCAUCGGGCCAAUGGCACCUACCAAGCAGACAUGAGAAUGCAGGGCCUCCAAAUCGUCACGCCAACGACGCGGCACCGCGCCGUGGCGGUGUUCUACCACACGGUGGUGGUGGAAUGCAAGAGCCGCAUGGUUGAAGCCAUUGCUUCCAAUCCAACGCGACCUCUUGGCGCCACAGUCAAGCAAGCGCUCAAAGAAAUGCAGGCGCAGGGGACCAUGUGUCCCCUGAAAUUUCGUUGCAAUUUCAAAGACCUGUGGACGCCUUUGGUGGAUGAUCUGGACCUGGCCUUGCGCUUCCGGGAAGAAGGGCAGCAGGCCUCCGAAUCGGUGGACUUGAAGCGACACUGGGCCCAGCUGCGGCGCCGAGCGCCGGUCGCGGAGCUGCAGAGGGAGCGCCGCGCAGAGCUGCGUGGCUACCUGCAGAGAUCCGUGGACACGCUGCAAUCCAGGCCAUCUGUGAAGAUUCGCAAGCUGGGAAAGCAGGCGCCUGAUCCAGUUGUUGAAGUUCCUUUGGCCCCGUUGGCCCGAAGCCUCGAGCCCGAAGCUUCGCUUCAGCGCAGGUUGAGUGGAAAGGCGGGACAACUGGCCAUGAUGGAGUUUCUGCUGAAGGACAUCGCAGCCGAUCCUGAGGAAAGCAAUUCCAAAUGCAUUGCUGCUGCAUUGACCAGUGACGGCGCGUGGCGCCAGAAGCUUUGCCUCCCCGCGGCGGAGCUGCGGUCAGGUCUCCGAAGCCUCGCAGCGAAGCCGUUCGCUGCGCCGUUGUCGUUGACCGCACGGAUGGCCGUGAGCGAGGGGGAGAGUGGCAGCUUGUUGGGGCCGUUGCAGGGGCAGCAUGUAGAGUACAUCCUGGAGAGCUUGCGGAUUGUCGACUUUGUCAAGUGCAUGAGCCUCAGUGCGGCUUUCCAGAAGCACGUCCAAAUCCACCUACGUGGCUUGUGUAAGCCAGAGUUCGUAGUUCGACCCAUGGACUUUGCCGGCGACAAGGAAGACCCACUGCCACGGGUCACGGCCUUUCUCACCUCAAGAUCAACUGUCCUUACGUGCCUUACGCGCAUUGACCUCACGAAGCUCCGGCGGCUCGACGCCUCGCUUUGGACGGCCUUGUGCGCUUUGGAGGGCGUGGAAUGGGUGAAGGUGCUUCACCAGCACCAUUGCCCAACUUCGAUUUCAUCGAACUUCACGAUUGACGUAAGCCUCCUUUCCGCACUGGCAGCGGCAGAUGGUGAUGAUGCCGACUUCUUUGAGAAAUGCCUAUGA